ACUAAGUAGUUCAUCAUGGAGAGCCGUUCAGGUAGCAUAAAGGAUCCAAUGUAUUAUCCGGAGAAUGAUGGCACGUCGAGCGGUGGCGGGGAACAAGACAAGAGUCAACGCAGCUCACUCGGCAGCCAGGAGAUCAGUCUAGAUGACAACAAUGCGCUCAAGGUACCUCGCAAAUUCAUCACCAACUGGCGGCAGGCGUGCGAUCGUACGCGAGAUCGGACCAAGGACCUUCUGAAAAGAUGGAGAACAACCAGCAGCAACAUCGACGAGCUCACCGUUGCGCCCGUCGUCGCCCCCGAACUGGAACAGCCCGGUUGGAGCGUGCACGUCUGGAGUGAGUCUGUCAGAUUUNNNAGUGACGACAGUUUAUCCGCCAUUGAAUUUAGUAAAAGUGGGGGUUCGGAGGCCUUAGCUCCCAUUCAACGUGAUAAAUUUUCUCAUUUUUUUACAUACCUCUUAGACCACGAUAAAGAUGGUUACAUCAAUAGGAAGGACUUUUCAUUAUUCUCCGAGCGUUUGAGAAGAUUUGCUGAUUGGUCAUGGAACGGUCCUGAGUAUUUAAGACUUCUGGAGAUCGAAAACGGAUUCGCCGGAUUGAUCCUUCAGGAUAAGAAAGGACUCACGGAGCUGGAUAAAAAGAUCGAUCUCGAGGCCUGGUUAUCUUGGUGGGCGCAGAUCGUUGCACCGCCGGACGGUGCUAGUUACAAUGAUAUGCCGUUCUGGAUCAAAGUUAUGCCCAGAGUAUUUUUCCUCGCCAUAAAUAGCUCCGGAAGUGGGAUGAUCAGCAAAAAGGAACUCGCGGCCUUUUAUGGUUCCGUGGUCGGUUUGGACACCGACAGGAUAAACAAGUGCCUGGAUAUCGCGUACAAUUCUAUGACUUCGAAUGGAGACCAUCCUCUUGGCUGGGCGCAGUAUCAGUUAAUAUUCGCCAAUUUCUUGUUCGGCCGCGGCCCGUUCGGACCGGGAGAGCAUUUCCUGGGCAUGACGGAUGCUUGCAUGAUUCGCGGUAAUACCAUACCAUUCCCCAUCGAUUAUUCCGCGAUGAACACACCGCGGGACAAAUUAGAAGUGUAUAGUCCCCAUUGCAAGAGCAACAGACGAAGCGUCGUAGUCUAACGAUGAAGUCAUCGUAAGAGAGUUCCUCUUAAUUAGUGAUGCAAAACGUGCACAAUCGUCCCUCGAGUGCCUAAUACUGCGUGUUAUAUGCCGUAUAUGUUUGAUACAAAUUUAUUUUAGUUAAUUACAGAA